AUGGCACGUAACGGAGAAAAGGCCCAGUCCAUGCUGUAUCGCUUCCGCGAACAACAAGCGGUCGAUAUGGGCAUGGGGAACCGGACCAAAGGCGACAGACGCCCUCGGAUGGCCUCGUCCGUCACAAGUCUUCGCGACUGUGAGCGGUGGAGAGGAGAUAUCCUGCGGGAUAUCAGCAGGAAGGUGUCCAAAAUUCAGGACUCGACAAUGACCGACUAUGAGAUCCGGGAUCUCAACGACGAUAUCAAUCAGCUCAUGCGGGAGAAGCGGCAUUGGGAGACGCAGAUUGUGAAUCUGGGAGGGGCGAAUUAUAAGCGUGCGGCCGGAGCUAUGGUGGGGGAUGAUGGGAAGGAAGUACCAGGAACGAGGGGAUACAAGUAUUUUGGACGAGCGAAAGAUCUGCCUGGAGUGAAGGAGCUCUUCACCCGAGGAUCUACUCAGGCAUCCGAGGAGUCGGCACGGAAUGCUAGCUUCCAGAUGUUCCGGCACCAGGGGCCGGAGUACUAUGGGGACCUAGACGAGAUGGACGAGAAGCUCGCACAAGAGGAGGAGGAAUUAGCGAGAGAAGAUUGGGAGGCGGCCGUAGCAGAAACAGCCAAAACCCUGUCAAUAGCGGAGAUCUCCAUCCCAUAUCCCACCGCCGCACCCGCCGAAAGCUCCACCACCGCUGCAGCAGAAACCGUUGCCGAAGCCGAAGCACCCCCACCAGCCAAAAAGUCGACGAAGCGCAAGACCCGAGGAGCGGCAGCGGCGGCGGAAGCCGUGGUCGAGGCCGCAGACGUGGAGAUGGAAGCGGAGGACGAGGACGGGUCAAAGAAGGCAAAGACAACAGAAGAGGAAGCGGCGGGACCUACACCCUCAGAUCCGCGCCAGGCGCUUGCGCGGAGUUUCUUGGGUAUGCUGGACCCAAAAAGUCUCGAGCCACCUGUCAUGCCUACACCGGAAGAGAUGGCCAAGGUUCUGUUGGAUGUGCGAAAGCGGGCGCUGAGGGAGGAGUAUGGUGUGUAA